CUUGGCUGAGGGCUCUUUCUGAUUACGUAGCCAAUUGAGCCAACGCAGGCAAUGAAGAAAAUUCAAUGUAGGAAAGUGGACCCCAACUCCCCGCCUGUACCCUGGGCGAAUCGACCGGAGGACCACGCCAUCAAACAGUAACUCUAGAAACGGAGACGCCGUUCACGCAUUGUGUUCCAGAGAGCUAUGGAUCGGCUGACGCGAAAUUUUUCGUUCGCGUGCAGAGAAGUGGUAGUGGUGGAUAUGGGCUUGGAGCUCUGCGCCCUCCGGUUUGUAUCUCGUCAUAUUCAUCAUAAAUUCUCCUUCCCCAUGCCAAAUGUCAAAGUGAAAACCGUGGAGUAGCUCAGCGGUGAACAGCUUUUGAUUGAAUAUCGGACGCCAAGCCCAUCUGGUCCAUCCCUCCAUCCAAAUGAUGGAUUCCCAAAGUACCUUGACGACAGACGUGAACGUCGCCACGGAGAAGCCAGUUAAAAAGGUCGAAGAGAAGAGCGCCGCCGCUGGUGAUGCGAACAACUCCCCGUCUAUCAAUGGCCCCAACCAUGACAUCGAGGCCGCCGACACCCAGCUCGAGCGUGGCCUCAAGAGCUACCACUUGCAGUUUCUGGCCAUUGGCGGCACCAUAGGCACGGGGUUGUUCAUUGGAACAGGGUCGGCGCUGGCAUCGGGCGGGCCGGUUGGUCUAUUGAUCGCCUUCCUCUUUGUCGGUAGCAUCGUCUACUCCGUCAUGACGAGCUUGGGCGAGAUGGCCUCCUUUAUUCCCGUGGCAGGGUCUUUUACCGCGUACGCUUCCCGAUUUGUCGACCCCUCGGUGGGAUUCGCCAUGGGAUGGAUUUACUGGUUCUCGUGGGCCAUCACCUUUGCCGUCGAACUGACAGCUGCUGGCCUCAUCAUACAAUACUGGAAUGCGAGCCUCAGCAUCGGCAUAUUUAUCGCGAUCUUCUGGGUCGUCUUCACCGCGUUGAACUUCCUCCCUAUUCGGUGGUUCGGAGAGUUUGAGAUGUACUUCUCCAGUAUUAAGGUCGUCACCAUUAUCGGCUUCAUCCUCUUCGCCAUCUGUAUCAACGCCGGUGUCGGCGACCAAGGCUAUCUGGGGUUCAAGUAUUGGGUUACCCCUGGCCCUUUCGUGGAGAACAUGGUGCCGGGCGCAGCGGGCAAGUUUGUGGGUUUCUGGUCGGUUCUGAUUACGGCGGGCUUUAGUUACCAAGGUGCUGAGCUUGUUGGUAUUGGCGCCGGCGAAACGCAAGACCCCGCCAAGGCCGUCCCAAAGGCAAUUCGAUGGACUUUCUGGGGUAUUCUGUCCCUCUUCGUUUGCACCGUCUUCUUCAUUGGCAUCCUGGUUCCGUCCGACCACCCGAGUCUUCAAUCGGACUCCACUGAUGCGAACGCUUCCCCCCUUGUUAUUGCCGCCAACCUGGCAGGUGUUCGCGUCCUGCCCGACAUCAUCAACGCCGUUCUCCUGUCGGCGGUCCUUUCAGCAGCCAACAGCAACGUAUACUCGGGAUCCCGAAUCCUGUUGGCACUUUCGAACGAAAACCACAUCCCCAGUUUCAUGGCCCGCACCACCAGCUGGGGAACCCCCUACUACGCCGCAGCCAUGACCUCCGCCAUGGGCCUCCUCGCCUUCCUCAACCUGUCCGAAAACGGAGUCACCGUCUUCGACUGGCUGCUGAACAUCACUGCCGUCGCCGGCUUCAUCACCUGGGGGCUGAUCAACAUCUGCCACCUGCGCUUCAUGAAGGCCCUCAAAGUCCACGGCAUGUCCCGGGACGACCUGCCCUACAAGGCGCCCUUCCAACCCUACCUGGCCUGGUACGGCGUCUUCUUCUGUGUUGUCAUCCUGCUGACGAACGGAUUCACCGUCUUCAUCGAGUGGAGCACGAGCGACUUCUUCGCCGCGUACGUAAGUUUGAUACUGUUCCUGGCCUUAUUUAUCGGGCAUAAGGUCGUCUAUAGGACGAAGCCUGUUGCGCUUGCUAAUGUGGAUCUUCACCGGGGACGUGUGGAUCUUUAGUAGCAUGUGUGUGUGUGUGUACGGUAUAUAUUGUACAGUAUACAGACUCUAGAGCAGGCUUACUGACUCACUCAAAAUUAAUAAUUG